GCCAUGACGGGGCGGGGCGGCGGCUGCGGGCAGGCGCGGCGAGGCCUCCCCCUUCCUGCUUCCGCCGCGCGGCCCCGCAGCGCUCCGGGACGGGCGAGGGGCGGCGGGGGGCGGCCGGGGGCACGUCCCGGCCUCGCGGCACCGCGCUUCGGCCCGCAGCGUCGCGGCGCGGGGAGCGCGGAAGAUGCUGGACGUGAAGGGCUGGGCCGAGUACGUGGUGGAGUGGGCGGCCAAGGACCCCUACGGCUUCCUCACCACCGUCAUCCUGGCCCUGACGCCGCUCUUCAUCAUCAGCGCCGCGCUGUCCUGGAAGCUGGCGAAGAUGAUCGAGGCCAGGGAGCGCGAGCAGAAGAAGAAGCAGAAGCGCCAGGAGAACAUCGCCAAAGCCAAGCGGGCCAAGAGGGAUUAAGCGGGCAGGGACACGAACACACUUUUCUUUUUUUUUUUUUUUUAAUGAAGCACUGUUGGGACGUGUUGUGUUGUAACCUUCCUUUGAUACUUGAUCCUCUUACAUCUUGAAGCAUGAAAUUUAACUCCUUCAGUAUAUAUAUAUAUAUAUUUUUUUUUCCUGCCGAAAUGAUCUGUGUUAAAGUUUGCCCAAGCGACACAUGUUACAGCCGGUUAAUCGACUUGUGUUCCAGUGCAGGCUGCUUUUCUAAAUUUGCAUGUUAAAUCCAGAAGUGAUUUAGUUGGGUGGCACUGGGGGCAUUUAUUUAUUAUUUUUCUUCUAUAGCUGAGCUAUGACUUAACAAGUGUCUUAAAAGUGUCAAAUUAUGGGGAUGACUCAUUAAAUGCUAUAACCUCUGGUUUCUUGGUAUAGCAAGCCAUUUUCUGUGUUGCGGGACCUCUCUGUUGGGGUUGUUCAUGUUGUGCUUAGGUGUAUUUUGUAAUUCCUGGUAAACUGGAAUACAGGAAGGCAGGCUUUGGUACACCUGCAGCAGAGCUGUAGAGAAGCUGACUUCCAAGCUUCUUGGUUUGCUAACGUGUUUCACCCACACUCAGGGCGUAUGGACAUGCAGUUCAUUCACGGUGUGCCCGUAGGGGCUGCUGUAGCUUAGUUGAUGGUGGGGCUUGGCUGCACAAAGAACCUAACUUGGCUUUUCCUGUUUCCAGAACUAUUGACCCAUCAUCAGUCUUUGUUUUCUUUAGGAAGUUGAUUUUUUGUUCUUAAUACCUCCAUUUGUCUGAUGCUAUUCAUGUUUUACAAAGCACACUACCGCAUUGUUUGGUUUUCCCUCAUAAUCACCUGAACAGUGCACCUGUAACUCGUUUCUGUCUUCAGAAGCUUUUUAUGCCUCAGAGAGUAGCCAUAAAUGGGGGCAGAGCAAAGGCCCAGUGGUCUCAUGUUCUGUGUCUUCGUGACCUAGGUGGCUGUGGGGAGAGUACACCACUAGGAUGUGCAUGCUGAUGGCAGUGGUUCUUCCUACGUGCUACCUUUGAUUUAGGACCUUCAGACUCUAGGUGGUAUCACUGUGUUCUUGUGGCCCUUGAAAUUUCACUGCUUUCCAGGUUGCAAAAUGCUGGCACAGUAGAAAAAGUCUUAGUGGGGAUUCUGUUGUAAAUAUGCCAAAAUUUUUUAACCUUAAUUCCAAUUCAUGUUUUUCUAACAAAUGAUUUUUUUUUUUCAAAGCCUAAUUUUGAUUACUAGUCUAGUUUUAAAGCUUGUCGAAGUCAUUACAUUUUCAGAUUUUGCGUAUUUCUAAAUGGCAGCACAAAGUCAUGCUUGCUACCAACUAGUCCUUUAUUAUAUGUUUAAAAAUGAAACCUUAAUGUCACAGGAAGCAAAGAGACCCAUAGGGCUGGCUGACAGUAGCAGGAUAAGAAGGGGAAGUUUAGCUGAAAUGACUUCAAGUAAACGUGAAGUACUUACCUGCAACCAGAAACUGAUGACCAUCUUUUAGUUUUAUUGGUCAAGGCAAGCAUUAUUAGAAUGACAUACCCACAUCUUGUGGUACGGGGGAUUAAGUCGCUGUUGUCUCAAAUGUCAGAUGUGUAUGCCACCUUUAGCACCUACAUAGUUUAAAACACAUUGAACAGAACUGAUUAAGGAUGCACUGCAUAAAUAAAUUUGAUACUUUUUCAAAA